AUGGACCAAGAAUUCAUUGACCGAUUACAAAACAUGCAACUCACAGAGGAAGAAGGUGAAGUAGUGCACAUUCGGUCCACCAGUAGAGAGAAAAACAUUGAAGACUGUUCCCUCACCUUAUUAGGCCGUUUUCUUACUACUCGUCCUUACAACCAGAGGGCAGCAAAAGCACUACUAAGGACGGUGUGGAAACUAGGGAAUGAUUUGCGAAUAGUGGACAUGGGAGAGGGGCUGUUUCAGUUUAGAUUCAAACUUGAGAGCCAACUAACAUGGGUAUUGAACAACGGUCCAUGGAGUUUCGACAAUAUCUUGUUAGUCCUCCGACGGUGGGAAAGGGGUAUGACAACCAACUCAGUGAUUUUUUCAGCUCUCCCUAUAUGGGUCCAAGUGUGGGGACUGCCGUUCGACUUGAUGAACGAAGAGGCUGGCUCGGAAAACGGUAAAGGUUUGGGGCACGUUGUGGAGGUGGACAAGAAAACAUUCCUAUCCGACCAAGCGCACUUCAUCAGGAUCAGGGUCGAGCUUCCACUGGAGAAACCAAUUCGGCGAGGAGGGUGGGUUGCUAACCCGAAGGGCGACCAAGUACGUGUGGGCUUUAAGUACGAGAGGUUGGUGGGGUUGUGCUACCAAUGUGGGAGAUUCGGCCAUGAGAUGAAGGACUGUCCAUCUCCAGGACCCACACAGCAGAUGGCGAGAAUGUAUGGGGAAUGGUUGAAGGCUGGAGUACGGAGGAAGGAGAGUGCAUCAAAUCGGACAACCAGCAGCCCAUCUAUGCAACAAACGACGCUGGAGACAAGGAGCCGAACCACAACCCAUGUGGAGACUGCUGACGUCACCGGCAUUAAAAGCAAUUAUGACUCCCAUAGGUCGAUUACUUAG